GGGGUCAAGCUCGGGGCGGGAGUUGCGGCGGGGGUUGAAGACGGCGGCGCGCAAAGUGUCAAAGUCUGCGCCCCCAAAGGAAGACGCGUCUCCGCCGUCCGGCCUUUGGGUCCUGGUGCCGCGCAGUGAGCGAACGGCUGCCGGCGGGAGGAAAUCCACUUGUUUGCCGACGUGCGCACCUUUAAUCCGUUAAGGCGACUCAGCAGACCCCCGGCAAAUUGUCCAUUUGAAGACGAGAAGAAGAACGGACGGCGUCAGGAUGGGCUUCAGUGAGCUGCUGGAUGAGAUGGGCGGUUUCGGCCGCUACCAGUGGCUCCACGUGACCCUCAUCAGUUUCCCGGGUCUGCUGAUGGCGAGUCAGAACCUCUUGAACAACUUUGUGUCCGGAACGCCCGACCACCACUGCCGGCUGUCGACCAAUCACAGCCUGUGGAACCUCACGCGGCACAUGGACCGGCGAGACGCGUUGAAGGCCUUCAUCCCUCCGGACCCCUCCGGAACCCGGCUGGACCGCUGCAGCAGAUACGUGACGCCGCAGUGGCAGCUGCUGAGCGCCAACGGCUCGGUGAACACCAGUCACCUGGAGACGGAAAGCUGCGUGGACGGCUGGACUUUCGACAGCUCCGAGUUCAUCGCCACCACCGUUUCCGAGUGGGAUCUGGUGUGCUCGCUGCGUCCCCUCAAGCAGAUGAUCCAGACGGUGUACAUGGGCGGCCUCUUGGCGGGCGCCGUCGUCUACGGCGGCCUGUCCGACAGGUGGGGGCGGCGCUCCAUCCUGAUUUGGUCCUACCUGCAGCUGGGCGUCCUGGGCUCCUGCUGCGCCCUGUCGCAGUCCUUCUGGGUCUACUGCGUCUUCCGCUUCCUGAGCGGAAUGGCCGUGUCGGGCAUCAUCCUCAACACCGUCUCCCUGAAGGUGGAGUGGAUCCCGACCAAAACCAGGACUUUGGUGGGCACACUCACCUCCUUCUACUUCACCUUUGGCCAACUGCUCCUGGCCGGCUUGGCUUACUGGCUGAGGGACUGGAGGAAGCUGCACUUGGUGGUGUGCUUGCCGCACAUCGUCUCCUUUGCCUGCAGCUGGUGGUUAGCCGAGUCGCCGCGCUGGCUGAUUCUCAAGGGAAGGUCCCGGGACGCCUUGAAGACCCUCCACAGAGUCGCUCGCAUCAACGGAAAACCCGAAGUGGCCGACAAGCUGACGCCGGAGGUGCUUCGCUCCCACAUGAGCAAGGAGCUGGAGUCCGAUCGCAAGAUGCUGAGCGCCUACGACCUGUUCCGGACGGCCGGCAUGAGACGCAUCUCCGUCGGCCUCGUCGCCGUCUGGUUCUCCACCAGCUUCGCGUACUACGGUUUGGUGCUGGACCUGCAGAAGUUCGGGGUGAGUAUUUACGUGAUGCAGCUCAUCUUUGGAGCCGUGGAUUUUCCCUCCAAGUUCGUGGCUCUGGCGAUGCUCAGCUUCCUGGGGAGGAGGGUGACGCAGGUCUUGUGCCUCCUCAUGUCCGCCCUCUUCAUCUUCGCCAACAUCUUUGUCCCCGCGAACUUGCAGGCCAUCAGAACCACGCUGGCGUGCCUGGGCAAGGCCUUCACCUCGGCGUCCUUCACCACCGUCUACUUGUACACCGGAGAACUUUACCCGACCGUCGUCAGGCAAACGGGGAUGGGUCUGGUGUCCACCAUGGCCAGAGUGGGCAGCAUGGCGGCGCCCGCCGUCCUCAUCCUGGACGAGGUGCUCCCCGCCCUGCCCAGCGUGGUGUACGGGGGCGCGGCCGUGCUGGCUUCGGGCUUCGCUUGCUUGCUGCCGGAGACGCUCAACGUUCCGCUGCCGGACACCGUCCGGGACGUGGAGGAGAAAUGGUCCGGAAGAAGCCUCGCCGCUCAGAAGCGGAAGAAGACGGACCCUUCGUCAGAGGAUGAACAAGUGGGGCUGUCUUUAAAGCAAGUGAAAGAAGUCGAAGGCGGCGGUCUCAACGCCCUCUGACCAAUCACGGAUCACGUCGCGGGCGCUCGCAUCCUUGGCGGAUGCGAUCGCUCGAUCCGCAUUUCCUUUGUUGAAUCGUAUUCGUGAUUGCAACGCGGCUUUCGUUAAUCUGAAUUAAUCAAUGAUUGAUUUGAGGCCCGACCAAUGUGCUCUUGCACAAUGUGCGAAGGAGGCGCCAAUGGUGUCGUGUUUCAUUUUCAACCGCGCGACAAUCCUAAUCUUGUGUGUCGACAUUUGUUUGCAAGAAAUAACUUGGGGUGAAGUCCACAUUUGAACUCCUUCAGUAAACUGACCCAAAGGCUUAGCGUUAAUGAAUCAACGUACACGUGAACCAAGAGUUUGGGUCCACCAAUGAACACUUGAAAUCCAAUGUCAUCAAUGUCACGCCUUUAAAUUUUGAGCCAAUGCAGAAAGACAAGACCGAGACAACUGAAUUUAUUCAUGUUUCAUCCGAGUGACGUGAAUAAUUAGCAACUGCUCGUGUCUUGCCGUCAUAUCUUUUCUUCUUGUCAUUUAUUUGUUUUCUUGAGGAAUGAAAAAAAAGUGUAUGUUGUGAAAGUC